AUGAAUGAGAUCUACCCGGGGGUGUCGAGAAAACUGUUUUGGAACUCUGACAAAUUAUUUUAUGAUAACGUACGGAACCUAGAUGAGAGACUAAACGUGAAUGACAAUUUUAACGAAAACAAAUAUGAGGAGCUGUAUCGUGAGAAGUACGCAAGGAAUAACAGGAGGUUUAAGACGGAGCCACCUAAAAAUAUCUGUGAGCAAGGAGGUUCCCAAUUUUACUCGUCUUUUUUUAACAGCAUAUUUAAAAGUUUAUCGAAGAAUGUGAUUUACAGUGAGGAGGAUAAACAGAGGGAGGAAGAAGCGAAGGAAAAAAACAAGAGUUCCUCUCGACAUUCAAACCACUCACGGAAAGUUAAACUUCCCCAUUUCGCCAAAAGGGACAAUCGAUGUGUUAGCGGAAGGAGUAGAAACAACUUCGCGUAUCGGAAGAGCGAUUUGGAGGAAUGUCCUUUGGUUCAGAAUACUGACAGGGGUAAAUCAGGGGAGGCCUCUGGAGGGGGGCGCAGAAGGCACACCUAUGGAAGCAAGAGAGGUGCAGCUAGCUCGGAGGAGGACGACGAGGAGUUGCAAAUGGAAGGGGAAUCCGGAGAGGUGAGGAGCGCCGAAGAUAGCAGCGGUGAAUAUGGAAGCCGUGAAUAUGGAAGCGGUGAAUAUGGAAGCGGUGAAUAUGGAAGCGGUGAAUAUGACAGCGGUGAAUAUGGAAGCGGUGAAUAUGGAAGCGAUAAAUAUCGAAGCGGUAACUAUGGAAUCGAUGAAUGUCCAAACGGCCAAUAUCGAAGUGGUGAAUAUCGCAGUGGGGGUGCGCCCAGGGAAGAUACCAAGAGUAUGGAACAGAGCCGAACCGCGAAGAGAAGCGCCAACAGCGCGAGACUUGUAAACAGCGACGUCAUUUCGGACGUUUUCCUGAAGAAGAACGUGAAGAGCCUAGUGGUUCAUGACACGGGAGGAAUAGACAUCGAACUUAUCGAAAAUGAAAAUCCGGAGUUCCUGUACCAUACCUACACGGGGAACAGAAUAUCCAAUAUGUAUUAUGCGUAUGACGAUUCUUUAAAGAGCAAAGAAUAUUGUGACGAUAAGAAGAUAAAUAGGUUUAAUUCACCCUGUUCUCGAAGGGAAGACGUAACUGUGAGGGAGUCUACAUCGAAAGAAGGCUGUCUCGUGGGGGAAUACAUCACAGGUGAGGUUAGCCCAAGGGGGUCAUCAGUAAAGGGAUGUCCUUCGUACAAUGGGAGGAGAGAAAAAAAACAAAACACAUCACAUUAUAAAUCAGAGUUCUCCACUGACAGUAACAACAGUAAGCGCUGUGAUGAGCAGAGCUGUACUAAGAGAAGCGAGAUGGAAGAAAAGGUCUCCAAUUGGUCCAACGAGGGGUAUUAUUAUGAUAGUUGCAACACGUAUGAAGGAAAUAGAAACAAGGGUACUUCCAACUUGUCAGGAGGAGGGAACAGAAUGUUUGAUUCGUACUCUUCCGUGUCUACCAUAUCUGUAAACACAUCAGAGAAGGAAAAAGGAAGGAAGUAUCACUACAUUGGAGAAACCAUAAAUAACGUUCGAAAUGGAUGGGGCAUGUUAAUUUAUAAUGACCGAGUCAUAUUUGAAGGGGAAUACAAAAUGAACAAUGCCAUUGGAUAUUUUAUUAAGUACAAUGAAUACUCUACAGAGAUUGGAUUCAGGAGUCCUCUGAGUAUCAAGUCAGUUGUCAUCAUGAGCGAUAGCGAUAAUUUCAUUAUACAAAACAGAUGUGAGAAUCUAGAAUCUUUGAAGAGUGACGAAGUGGGAGCUAGCCAAAAUGGUACUCCAAAAUUGGAAGAUAACGACAGCGUGGAGGUGGAAAUUAAGUCAAAGGAGGGGGGAUUAACUUGUGAGAGAAAUGUAGAAGGAGCACUCUGUGAAAAUAAAAGCUAUAUGGAGAAGACACAAAUGAACCUAUUCUGUUCGCAAAAAUUCCCAACGGUAAGUAACUACACACACUUGUCCGAUUUUAGGAGGACCCCUGGAGUCUUUACCACACCCAACAGCAAUAAAUUGUACAAAGAAAAUGUACUCAUAAAUAAUCUACUCAACAGUAUAAAAGACAGUGAGUGUUCUCCGAAAAAAACGGAACAAGUAGGGAAGGCGAAAAACCCAACUGUCGUGUCUAACUACAUUAGAAGAAACAGUAAACAUAAGACAACCCCUGCGCGGUCCAUCAAUUAUCUGAAGCCCCCCAUGAUGCACUUGAUAAAAAAUAAUAUUAUUCUAAAUAGGAACUCGUUUCUGAAGAACGAUAAAUCGGCAUCCUCCAGGAAGAGGAGGGAACAGAAAACUACCACGCAUUGCUGCCGCCCAAUGAGAAUCAUCGUGACGUCGUUCGAUACGGACGAUGAGUCGGGCUCGUCCGGAAAUGAUCGACAUGGAGAAAGUAACCCAAAUGAGGAGAGUGGCCCGCAUGAAGAGAGUAAUCCAAAUGAAGAGAGUAACCCAAAUGAAGAGAGUAACUCACAUGAAGAGAAUGAAGAGGGAAUCUCCUCAGUGGGAAACGCCUCUACGCGGAGCUGCGCUCAGCCAGUCGCUGCCUUCUCGGAUCGGAAGAAAUUUGGCAGAGGCGACCUUAAGAGCAAUGGACUCACAAUUCUGCACCUAGAAAACAACAAUCAUGUUAAGGGAAUCCAUUCCCGCAGGGAAGAUGAUGAGGCGACUCAUUUCUGGAACGAUGACGAGAAGGGGCAGAGGGGAUAUGCUAUAGAUUCGGCACUGGUCAGUGUGGAUUAUAAGAAGAAGAACGUGGGAGAAUUCUUCAAGGGAAAGAAGAGGUGUACGAAGAAUUUAGCGGCUUUUAGGAACGAAGUGGGGGGGAUGGCGCUCUCCGGAGAGGGGGACGCUGCGAUUGAAGGAAGCGUCGGCGUUUACAGGGAUGACACGAAUAAGGACACGGAUGGGGAGACGUACAAGGAUGUGGACAGAGCUGACGUGGCAAUGAAGGGGGGGGAGGUUGAGCGGUCCACGCACUUCGGGAAGGAAUCGUCGGACCAGGGGAAGGGCGAGGCGAAAAUGGAGGGGAAUGCCCAAGCGGAGAUAGAUGGCAAUGGACAGAACAAGUUGAACAUUAUUAUCACCGAUGAGUAUAGAAAUCUGUUGUGCGAUAAUAUCAACAACGACAAUUUUGUGAUAAAGAAUAACGAAAUUAGAACCUUUCAGGAAUUCAUGGAAAGCCAGGGGGAAUACGAAGGGGGGGGGAGCGAUCAGUGGAGAGAGGCCAUACGGGAUGGCAGCGGUGGGGUAGACGAUUCAUCUGUGAGGGGAGAGUACCCAUCUGAAGGGGAUGUGUCUAGUCUGAGAACAACCAUCGAGGGAGACACACCCAAAUGUAAUACAGAGCAAAACGAAGGGGAUCAGAGAAACGAAGAGCCUCAUUUUAGUCACCCCGAUAAGACAUACAUAAGAAGGCGUCUUCGAGGAGCGACCUUCCCCGAAACGCACGAUGAUAGACAGAAGAACUGUUUCCUCUUCAUAGACGAUUACUUAACUUCAAACGAUGGCAAGUUCGAUUUAAUAAACGAGGACGUGAAAUUGAGAGCAUCCGAUUAUAACAAGUGGUCAGUAAAUAUGCUAUACAAUUUUCUAAAAAUGAUAGGAUUAAAAAAGGAAGCCUAUCUGUUUAAGAUCCACAAGAUAAGGGGGUAUCACAUUCUCAAAUUGACAGACAAGGAAUUAAAAAGACUGAACAUAAAUAAUCGCUAUGUUCGAAAAUUCGUCUUGUCUGUUUUUCGAUUUUUAGUAAAUUCUAUGGAUAGUGCGGAUCCUUUGUCUUUAAAUUUUAACACAAAUAGGAAAUUUUCAUUUAAUGAAAUACAGACCAUCUGCAAUAGUGACAUCAUUAUACUUAACAAAGUUGGUGGUGGGAGCUACGCGCAGGUGUUCAGGGCAAAAUAUAGAGGGAAGUACGUGGCGUGCAAACUCUUUUUGUACAAUCCGAAGGAAAUGAGUGAAGAGAGCUACUGCGAGAGUUACAUCUCAACACCAAGAUCGAGUCACAAAUAUAUUUUUCCCAAAAUAACCCCUAGCUUAAGCAUGUUCGGUGAGCAACACUUUUGCGAGAAGGCACUAUUACCGUUAACAGAGGGGGAACAGGAUACAGAGGAGACAGCAAAUCAUCCCGGUGGUAACCACAUCGGGGGCAUGCAGUCUGCGCAACGGGCGCGGUGUGAUAGUGGAGGAGGAUCAACCGAAGGGGAAGAGUUACACAGGGAAGACCCCCCAAAGGGGCACUCUCCAAAGGAUCAUUCCCCAAAGGAGCAUUCCCCGUAUGCCCUCUCUGCGCAGAAGAAAGGCAACGGGGGAGAAGCCCCAAAUGGUACUAGCACCUCGUACACACUGCAGAGAAAUAAGAAAAUAAAAAAAAUGGCCAAUUUGGAAAUUUUCAGAUAUUUCCCCACCCCAGUGAAGUACCGGAAUUACGAAGCGAAGAUUUUGUAUUCUCUACAGGGGUGCAGUCAUGUGAUAAAGUUACUAGGAGUGUGUAGCCUAAGAGAGGGCGAAGAAUCUCUCAUCUUACAGUACUGUGCAGGGGGAAGCCUGGAGAAGUACAUUUACAUAGACGAAAGGAAGAAGAACGGCGCAUAUAUGCGUUAUCUGUCGAGACCAAAAAUUGUAAAAAUAUUCCAGCAAGUGGCAGAAGGAAUGCAUAAUGUACACUCAAAUAAUUUUUUCCAUAGGGACUUAAAACUUUCUAACAUUUUGCUAGAUGCUAACCAGGAUGCUGUCAUUUCGGAUUUUGGAUUGUCGACUCAUUUUUCUUUAAAUGAUAGCCCCACUGCGUAUGCCAUGUAUGGGAACAUAUUUUAUGCAGCCCCGGAGGUUCUAAAAGGGGAGGGUUUUUUUAAAGAAUCCGAUGUGUGGUCAUUUGGAGUUAGCUUAUGGGAGGCCUUAACAAGAAAGAUUGCAUACGAUGGGAUAUCUGCUUCAGAGAGUUUCUGUAAAAUCUCUUCUGGGGAAUUGGUCCUUCCCAUUCCCAGGGACCUUCCCUUUGAGCUGUCCGAGUUGCUGAGGAGCAUGCUGGAGUACGAUUUCACCAAGCGGCCCCUCUUCGACGUCAUAGCGAGGCGGCUCGAGAGCAUUCGGCUGGAGGCCGACAAGAAGCUGCACGUGGACAUGCUCUCCUUCUUCGACGGGUAG